CCUCCUGCAACAAACCAAACAGAGUUGUUGAACGUAUUUGCGGGACAGAAGACCACCUGAUUCGCUCCAUCCCCGUGAAGCUGUAUCCUUACUACGCCUCUCUGGGGACCGCCUUGUACGGGGCGGGGCGCCCUACGUGGAGGAUGCCCGAGGCCUUCACGGAGAAGGUUCACCCUGUCAUCUGGAAGUUCCUGCUGAUGAAGAAACUGCUGAAAAGCCUGAACGACCAGAUGCGUCCUUGUUUCUGCAGCGUGGAGCUGGAUGAGCCUGAGGUGAAGCUCCGCCCUCUGCCCGGCCUCCUGAGGCAGCCGGACCUGACGGCUCAGAUGGUAGUCGGCUGGUCGCAGACCGCUCUGGACACUUUCAGAAAGCUCAUGUCUCAGUUCUCGGCCUUCGAAUGUGACACGAACGCAGACGAGUGGAAAGCUGCAGAGAAGGACGUGCGGUCAGUGGUGAACCAGGACGCCCUGCUGGUCUUCGAUGCUUCUAGGGAAGUGUUGACCGUCGCAGGUCGAGCCGAUGACAUGAAGAAAGUCAAGGCUCCUGUGGAGAACAUUGUUCUCAAAGCUAAAAGUGUCCUGGAGCGUCAGAGCAGAGGGGUCACUGAGGUGAUGAGACUGGCUCCAGCGUGGGUCUACAUCCUGAAGAAGGAGGGUCUCCUGAAAGCUGCCUCAGACAUCUCCUCUGAGCUGAAGCUGUCCUACGAUAAGAGCUCAGAGGAGCUGGCCAUGAAGGGACUCCCUGAAGAAGUGUACCAAGCCAAAUCAUGGAUCCUGGAGAAGAACACAAGUCUGAAGAGUAAAAAGCUGAAUCUGCCUGCAGGUCUGGUAGAAUACCUCAGGACCGUGGACCCCACAGACAUGUCAGAGAAUCUGUUCUCCUCUCAGGGCAUCAGUGCCACCUACUUCUUUGACAACACGUGGUUUACCCUGCUGAGCGGCUCGGACCAAGCCCUCGCCAAGGCGGAGGGGCGGAUGAAGGUCGUCUUAGCCUCGCAGAUCUUGGAAGUGGAAGACCAGAAGGUUUUGAACCUUCAGAGCUGGGUAGACCUGAACAAAGAGCUGUUGGAUACCUACAACUGCUCCAACAGUAAAAGCGUGACCGUCUGGAUCCACCCGGACAGAGGAGACAGAGUGACGGUGGCCGGCUUCGCCACUCCAGUCAGAGAGGUCAGCCGCACUUUGAAGGAGUUCAUCGAAAACUUCUCACAAGUCCAAGAACCGCUGCGGGUCAAGUCCUGUGCUGUGGCUCAGUUUGUGCAGAAGAAAAAACAUCAGCUUUGGAUGAAAAUCUGCAAAGAUCAUGACGUCUCUGUCGUUUUUGAUGCAGAAAGACCCAAACUGGUCCUCAGCGGGGCUCGUCUUCACGUCCAGAAAGCUAAGUCCAGUUUCCAGGAGCUCCUGGCUGCUCUCUGCACCGACACCUUGACUGUGGACAAACCUGGAACCAAGAAGUACUUCCAGUCCCAAGGAGCCCUCAUUCUGUCCUCAGUACUGUCCGACCUAAACUGUGUGGUGCUGCUCCAGUCUGAGGGUCCAGACGAGGAGGAGGAGGAGGACUACGAUGAAGAGGGCAGCCUGUGCUACUGCAAGGUGCAGACACCUGGUGGAGUUCUGGUUUGUGUCAGUAAGGCAGAUAUCUGCAGCUUUAAGGCUGAUGCUGUGGUGAACGCAGCUAACGAGGAACUGCAGCACAUCGGGGGCUUGGCUCUGGCUCUGCUGAAGGCUGCAGGACCCCGGCUGCAGACCAUCAGCAGUGACUACGUUGCUAAAAAUGGAAAGCUACGGCCAGGUGACGCCGUUGUAACUGACGCCUGCGGCCUGCCCUGCAGGUACGUGGUCCACGCGGUCGGUCCUCGGUUCUCUGACAGCGACAGGAUGACUUCAGUGUCACGUCUCAAGUCUGCGGUCAGAGAAAGUCUGAGACAAGCCGAGGGGAAGAACUGCUCCAGCGUGGCCCUGCCCGCCAUCAGCUCGGGCGUGUUCGGCUUCCCUGUCCCGCUCUGCACACAGACCAUAGCCCAGGCGGUCCGGGAGUUCUGUGACAGUUCUCAAGGCCCGGGGUCCCUCACCGAAGUCCACCUGGUGGACAACAACGAUGACACCGUCAGGGUCAUGGCUGCAGCUGUCAACGCAGAGUUCAUUGACCUCGGGCCGACCAUGACGGUCCCCCAGAAGACCGGCGGGAAGAAGAAAGGAGCUGCAGGGGGACGUCAGAGGGGUCGAGGCAGAGGGCGUGGUCAGAGUCAGUCACCACGAGGUGGAAGAGGAGCUGAAGGAGGAGGAAGAGGAGCUGAAGGAGGAGGAAGAGGAGGAGGAGGAGGAAGAGGAGCAGGAUUUCAGGGGUAUCCUAACAGGGGGGACCUGAAGGGACCCGGCCAUCUUGGAGAGUCUGGAGGGUCGGGACGGAUGGAGCGGACCACAGCUGAUGGUCUGAAGAUUGUUCUGUGUAAAGGAAACAUCCAGGAGCAGACUACUGACGUCAUCGUCAACACCAUCUCAAAGAACAUGGACCUGCAGCAGGGAGCAGUUUCCAGAGCCAUCCUGGAGGUGGGCGGAGACCUCUUGCAGGUCGCGGUCCUGAAUGAAGUUGGGGGAACUUCGCUGUCGUAUGGAGACGUGGUCUUCACCGACGGAUACAAACUGAGGUGUCAGAAGGUCUUUCAUGCUGUUUGUCCGUUUUGGGACAACGGAGCCGGCGGAGCAGAGAAGGAUUUGAUCUCCAUCAUCACCCUCUGCCUGGAGGAGGCGGAGAAAAAUCAGAUGACCUCGCUGUCCUUCCCGGCCAUCGGGACCGGGAACCUGGGCUUCCCCAGAACUUUGGUGUCCAGAGUCCUUCUGGAGGAGAUCCAGAGGUUCAGCCGCAGGAAGUCCCCCCGCCACCUGAGAGAGGUGGUCAUCGUGGUGCAUCCCAGUGACGAACAAACUGUGGACUGUUUCAGCAGAGAGUUCUCGGGUCAGACGGGUUCGAGGACUGUCCACCAGGAGGACUUUACGAGACCUGCAGCUCAGCACAGACUCAGCCGGUCCCAGAAUUCCUCUGCAGAAACCUUCAGCCCAGUCCUGUCCUCGUCCCUCGGUGUUUACCAGAUGCAGAUGGGUCAGCUGACCCUGGAGGUGUCCUCGGGGGACAUCACUAAGGAGACGUGUGACGUCAUCGUCAACUCGUCCAAUCAGAACUUUGACCUUUACGCAGGUGUCUCCAAGGCCAUCUUAGAUGGAGCCGGACAGUCGGUUCUGAAUGAGUGCUCACAGAUCGUGAAGUCUCCAGGUUACCAGCCUCGGGCCAUGAUCCUGACCUCAGGCGGGCUGCUUCCCUGCAGAAACAUCGUCCACAUCGUGGGUCAGAACGAUCCUGUCAAGAUUAAAGACAUCGUUUAUGGAGCGCUGAAGAUCUGUGAGGAGAACCGCUUCAGAUCUGUGGCCUUCCCCGCGCUGGGAACAGGUCAGGGGGGGGUGAACCCAGCAGCUGUGGCUGACUCCAUGGUGGAGGCGGUGGUGGAGUUUGUGAGGAAGAAACAUGCAAAGCUUGUUCGAAGCGUGAAGAUCCUGAUCUUUCAGACGGCCAUGCUGAACGAGUUCCACAGCAGCAUGAAGAGGAGACAAGGAGAGGAGGUGGAGGAGAAAAGCAUGUUUGGAAAGUUCAAAGACUCACUCACUUCAUUGUUUGGACGUGGAUCGGAGCCAAACAGAAAUCUGGUUCUGGAGAAGGAGGAGUUUGAGGCUGCCGUGUUCCAGCUGUGUUCUGACAACCAGCAGGCUGUGAGUUCAGCCAAGAAGAAGAUCAAUGAUCUGAUCCUAGCAGAACAUGCCACCAGUACCAUCAGUGAUCAGUACAUAAACCAGCUGACCCUGGCUGACGUGGACCAGCUCAGGGCCCUGCAGAGGGAGCUGACCGUCAGCAUCCGCCUGGACCGGGGACAGGAAGACCAGGAGCCCAGGAUCCACCUGGAGGGUCUGACCCGGGACGUGUUCAGGGCCGAGUCCACAGUCAGGGACAUCAUCAGGAAGGUGGAGAGGACGGAGAACUUCAGGAGGAGAGCUGUCCUCGUGAGCGAACAUGUGGAGUGGCAGUACCAGCACCAGAACGGGUCCAUGGUUCCGUUUGACAUCAGCACCAACCUCCACCUGGAAGAAGCUUUGGAGAAACAACAAACCGUGACGAUUGAAAUCAACAAGAACAGGUACAGCGCUGACCCAAAGCUGAGAAGUGCUGUGUCAACGAGCAGCAGAAAGAAGGUGGAGCUACUGAGGAAAGACCUGAAAGAUACUCUGCCUCCACACUGGGACCACAUGAAGAACGACCUCGUGAAGCUGAUUCCUCUGACUUCAUCAUCCCAAGAAUACAAGAACGUGUUGGCAGAGCUGACAAAUCACGGACUUUCUCUGAACAUCAUCCAGAUGGAGCGGGUCCAGAACUCCACACUGUGGCUGAGCUACCAGCUCCUGAAGAACCAGAUGGAGGUGAAGAACAAACACAAGAACAACGAGAAGCUGCUGUUUCACGGCACCGCUGCCACAUCCACCGACCUGAUCAACAGCAAGGGCUUCAACCGGAGCUACGCUGGACAGCACGGUGCGAUGUACGGUAAAGGCUCCUACUUUGCUGUAAAUCCCGCUUAUUCAGCAGGAAACUAUGCCCAACCUGACAUCAACGGACACAAGCACAUGUACCAGGUCCGGGUUCUGGUUGGAGACUACACCCAGGGAAGAGGUGGGAUGAUUGCCCCUCCUGCAAAAUCUGCAAACGCUGCAGAUCUGUAUGACAGUGUGACGGAUCAACCCAACAAUCCAACCAUGUUUGUUAUCUUUAAUGACAUCCAGGCGUAUCCAGAAUACCUGAUCACUUUCAAAUGACUCUAACAAGCACCUCAUUAACUCCUGCCUUACUUUACUUUAGAUUAAACUAACUAAAAUACUGAAAUAUUAAGAUGUAAUAAUUUGCUGAAUGUUGUAACAGGUGGAAUUUAAUAAAUAAUAAAAUAUGUGUUUAAA